CUUAAAAAUUCAUUUUUUACAUUCGUACCAUUCAAAUCUUUCACAUCAGUGACACCACAUUAAAAACAGUACCAUUUUUAAUUUUCAAGGAGAGAAACAUACCUUUUCGUGCGCAAGUGUUGUGGCAAAUAUGUAAAAGUUGAAGUUUUGGCGUAGGAUAUGUAAAUCUACCUUUAAAAUAAGGACCGCUCUUGCCAUUUGAUCUAGAUCGGGGAGGGCAGAGAAAGACGAGGAAGGGAGGAGAGAGCUUCGCUUCAUGGUCGUCUUCCUUUAGCUCUCUCCGGCUCGCAUUGGAUUCUUGCGCUGACUGCAUCUCAGGUUUCGAUCACAAUCUGGGCUUCAAGAUCUUGUCGCUCUUCUUAGUGCAGGAAUAAAGGGAUGGAGAAGGAUCAUGUUGCGAGGAGCUCGGAGAACUCCCAAGGUUUUCGGAUGGUGGGAGUGAAGUAUGGCAGAGAGAUGGAGAAUAAGGAAAAUAGGAGAGUGCUGAGAGAUAUCAAUAAUCUCUCUGUCUGCAACGUUCCUUAUCCCUCUAAGAUCUUCAAAAAAGUAACCGCAGAUGAUGAGAAGAACACAAAUAGUUUUGUUGGUCGAAGACCAAUUACAAGGAGGUUUGCUGCUUCGUUAGCUCAAAAUUCAGAAGAUUGCUUUCAGAAUGUCGACACUAGAGUCAAACCUAUUGUCAGUGAAGCUCACGGGAAAAGCCAACUGGUCCAGGAUACAUGUUUUGCAGAAACAGGCGAUGCCAUUGAUGAGGAAGCGGACCUUACAUUUCUUACAAAUGAACCUUUGCCAAUGGUGGACGAGACUGAAGAGAUGGAAAUUGAAAUGGAGGAUCUAGAUGCCAAACUUGAGGAGAUUGAUAUUUGUGAUUCAAACAACCCUCUUGCUGUUGUCAAGUAUGUGAAUGAUAUCUACUCUUUCUACAGAGAAACAGAGGAACUUGGAUGUGUCUCUGCUAAUUAUAUGUCAAAUCAGUUUGACAUUAAUGAGAGGAUGCGUGCUAUUCUGAUUGAUUGGUUGAUUGAGGUGCACUACAAAUUUGAACUAAUGGAAGAGACGUUGUUUCUAACGGUCAACCUCAUAGAUAGGUUCUUAGCCAAUCAAAGCAUUCCAAGGAAGAAGCUUCAACUGGUUGGGGUAACAGCCAUGCUUCUUGCCUGCAAGUAUGAGGAAAUUAUGGUUCCGGUCAUUGAAGAUCUUAUCGUCAUCUCCGACCGAGCUUACACGAGAGAGGAAGUCCUUCAGAUGGAAAGUUUGAUGGUAAACACUCUACAGUUCAACAUGUCAGUGCCAACACCUUAUGUGUUCAUGAGGAGAUUUCUCAAGGCUGCUCAGUCUGAUAGACAGAUUGAGCUCCUUUCUUCUUACAUCAUAGAACUAUGCCUUGUUGAGUAUGAAAUGCUCAAAUUUCGGCCUUCAAUGCUUGCUGCUGCUGCAGUCUACACAGCUCAGUGUAGUUUAAAAGGAUUCAAGCACUGGACUAGGGCUACUGAGCUAUGUACAAAGUACUCGGAGGUCCAGCUUCUAGAAUGUUCUAAGAUGAUGGUGGAUUUCCACCAGAAGUCUGGGAAAAGAAAGCUUACUGGGGACCAUAAGAAUGUAGCACAGAAAUAUAGCACAUUCAAGUUUGGAUGUGCAGCAAAGUCUGAACCUGCACUCUUCUUGUUGGAUAUGAGGAACUAACUAAAAGGAAAGCUUUGCUCUCUUCUUGUUGGAUAUGAGGAACUAACUGAAAGGAAAGCUCGUCUUCUUUUUUUCUCGGAGCUAAAAAAGGUUUGGAGAGAUUUAGAGUGAUUUUCAAUCUUUUUUGCAACUUAUGUUGCUAAGUUUGCAUGCAAUGUGAGUUGCACUUGUGUUGAAAUGUGUUUCAUCAGUGCUCUAAUAGUUUCUUUUGAUUAGAGUUUUAAUAAUUGUCUGAAUCUACAAUCUAAACAAUGAAUAAACAUCAUUUGG